GGGUUCGCCAACUCGAACGACAACUCCAGCUAAGUUUGAGAGUGACGUUUCGAGAUUUGUAGAGAGCGCGUUCCUGUCUGGCUUUGCUGUCCGAGGAGUGCGAUCGCCCUUAUGAAGGCGCUCUUAUUUCUAACUUUGAUCAGCUUUUCUCGUGGUUCUAGAGCUAGGAUAAACAGAGAAGUUAGGGAGCCACAGUUUUUUGUAUCAGCUGCCUCCCACAGUCCUCGUAGAUUCUACGGAGCUCCAAAUUACUCCUUCAGGAGCAGAUCACGUGUGUUUAGGAACGUGCAAGUGCAAAGUGAUGGUCAACUUUUGUAUGAACCGCGGCUGUACCGCGCUUCUGGAAGGUUCCAGAAAAAAGUAGCUGCCGCUGUGCCGAUCCACGACGUUACGCCCCUCACCGUAUCAAAAGAUGCACCGUCUCUGCCUCCACUGAAUGCACUCAGUUAUGAUGAAAACAACCAUCAGUUGAAUAAGUUGACAGAGGACAAUUCGAUCUUGGAGGAGGCAGCAGAGUACGCAAAAGGCCUUGAACGAACUACGAUGGCCGCUCGUGACGAUCAAAAUUCGUUUUACACUACGACAACACCCGCAACAAAUCUGCAACAUAUUCCGGCUAUCAUCAGGCCUAGAAUAUUGAAUUCCGAAGAGAAGAAAGCGCGGAACAGGCAACCGUCGCAGCCAUUCUCGCAGACGACGCCGCCACCACCACCUGUGACUACAGUCAAUGUCGUGACUUCCACCACUUCUGUGCCUUCACUGAGAAAACAACAGCCUGCCACGGGUCCGUUGACAAUGCCGCCACCUCCGCCACCACUUUCUUUGCAACCGCAGCCAAAUCAACAGCUUCCUCCUGGUCUAAUUGCACCUCAGCUAGCUCCUCAGCUAGCUCCGCAAGUGCCACCUGCAAUCAUACAAGUUACGAUACCGGCACUCCCGACUGUCCUGAACCCUACACCACAUCUGGGAGCAGUCACACAAUCUGCCGCUGCCCAACCUCAGCAGUUUCCACAAAUUCACGGACAAGUUGCCACGGCGCAUGGACAGAAUCUUGGUCCUGCAUCGACACAUACACAAACUCCCUCCAUUGCACAACAGGGAAAUGUUGGGCAAAUAAACCAUGCUCCCGUAGCGCAAUUGAGCCUCCCACGUCCUGCUGCACCUCCACCAGCACCUCCAUUUUCUGAACGCGUAGAGAUUAUCAAUGCACAAGCAGCGAACUCCUCUUUGGAACAGUUGGGCUGCGGAUUUGACUGGAUAACAAACUCUUGCAAGGACGUCUUCGCCAUCGGGUGGUGUGGACAAUGCCAUGAUUUCGGCAAUAUAUUUGUUCACGACUGCAAAUGUCUUCAACCGUUGAUCGCAUUGCCACCACGGCCACAGCAAGCUCCUCGACCAGCUUUUUUGAGUAUGAUAUAAACGUGUGAUUUAUGUACAGGUCCGCUAUGACUAGAUUGUGCACUUUGAAAACUCCAGAGCCAUUAUAGAUAAUAUUUGCGUUUUGUGCGGAAAUUUGUAAAGACGCUGUCCACUGAUCUCUGUUUCCUGUAAUUGUUUUUGGACGAUAUUGCCAGUCUUGAUUGAUUAUAUUGACAUAUUCUUCGAUUCUAAAUAAACGAAAGGAAG